GAGGCGGGGCUGCCGGCGGGGUACUGGCGGAAGUGGCGCGCGCGGCGGCCCCAGCGAGUCCGCCCGCCGGCGCUGGGCUACGACUCCUGACCCGGUCGCCUCUCCUGCUUCCUAGGUCCAAGCCGUCGCUGGCACCAUGUCCGGCUACCCCAAAAGCUAUAAUCCUUUCGACGACGACGUGGAAGAUGAGGACACCCGGCCGUCGCCGUGGAAGGACACCCGCGACCCGCCGGACGGGUCCGACGCGCCGAUGGACCGUCAGCAGUACCUGCGACAGGAGGUGCUGCGCAGGGCCGAAGCUACGGCCGCCAGCACCAGCAGGUCCUUGUCCCUCAUGUAUGAAUCGGAGAAGAUUGGAGUCGCCUCUUCCGAGGAGCUGGUCCGGCAGCGAGGAGUCCUAGAACACACGGAGAAGAUGGUAGACAAGAUGGAUCAGGAUUUGAAGAUAAGCCAGAAACAUAUCAACAGCAUUAAGAGUGUAUUUGGAGGAUUUAUCAACUACUUCAAAUCCAAACCAGUAGAGACUCCUCCUGAACAAAAUGGCAGCGUUGCCCCACAGCCCAACAGCAGAUUGAAGGAAGCCAUUAAUACAAGUAAAGAUCAGGAAAGCAAGUACCAAGCCAGCCACCCAAAUCUCAGAAGGCUGAAUGAUGAAGACCCGAUCCCCAAAGAGCCUGCUUCUGCUGUGACUGCUGAGGUUUACCCAAAGAACUCAAGCCUUCGAGCCUAUCACCAGAAGAUUGACAGCAACCUAGACGAGCUGUCCAUGGGAUUGGGCCGACUCAAGGACAUAGCCUUAGGAAUGCAGACGGAAAUUGAGGAGCAGGACGACAUUCUUGACCGGCUAACAACCAAAGUGGACAAGUUAGAUGUCAAUAUAAAAAGCACAGAAAAAAAAGUUCGGCAGCUCUAAAGAAACUGAAAACGAAUUCUACUCCGUUGUGAUGAAAAGAUUCAAAAGCCUCUUUUAAACUCCUAGGAAAUGUCAUUGAUUAUACAGUAUAUAAUUUAACAUGUGUUCAAAUGUGUAUCUUAAGAAAUUUUAGUCUCAAUGGGGAAAGAUGUGUGUGUACACAUUUGGGUAAGAUCAACACCACCUCUACAGUUCUGUGAUGCUGGGUUGUGGAAUAACCAUGGCAGACUAAUUGUGAAUGCCUUGAGCUUUUGAUUACUGCGCAGGAAGGAGAAGAAAGCACUGCAUUUCUCUCUUUCAUGAGUAUAUGCAAAGAUGUGGGCAGCAUGUCAGUCUCCUAACUCCUGCCUCCUGUUUACUCUAGUGCUGUAAAUAGAGCCUAUUCAGGGCCUUACUGUGAAUUCCUGUGAAGGGACCCUGGUUUGUGGCAGAAGGAAGGGUUCUUCCACAUCUUCACAUGUCAAUCACUGUGGACGUGCCUGCACAUACACUGAGCACAUUGAAGCUUUCUCCCCCUGGAAAGGACCCAUGAUAGACCCAGAAAUGGAAUGCGCUGCCUUCGUUCCUCUCCCCUCCUGUCCUCAGUUCUUGUCCUGUAUUUCAGUAGAAGGACUCAGACCAGAACUGUUGGACACGACACCCACAAAUGUGUAGAGAUUGAAUAUGAGCCCUUCUCCCCCACCUACUGUCAUCUCCUACUUCUCAUCUCUUGGGGACAAAUCUUCUUCACUGGCUCAAGGUCACCGAGUAGGUUGAUGGGGAACCCCUGUGGAGUUUGUGAGCCUUGAGUAUCUCCCAAACAAAAACCUCUCCACCAAGCCCUCUCUGCCUCUGGAAUAGUACCAAGGCGGUGUUUAUUUGGUGUCUGGAGAACCCAUUCCCUGUGUUUCUACAAAAUGCCCACCUAGUUUGAGGACUUGGAUCCACAAAUGAUACUAGCCUUCUAUACAACAACUUGACCAAGAAGCAGCCCAGGUAACCAUUUUAGCUAGCUAGGCAUGUUCAUUCCCUUCAUCUGCCAAAAGAAAUACUUAGAAGCAUUAAUUAAAAUUUAUUUCUACAACAAUUUUUCCUUGUGUUGGUACUUCCAAUAAAAUCAUUGAAGCCAUAGAGCACUUGAAUUUCUUAAAAUCAGAUUCACAUAUUUUAAAGAUGGUAAAAGGGACUGUUUUUUACUGAUAAGAUAGGCCAAAAACUAAAAUGUCAGUGCCUUUUUGCCUUAAAACAUGGCAUAUGCCAUUUUGGGAUCCUUCCUUUAGCAUCUGGAGCAAGCAUGGGACUGUGGGUGUGGCUCAGUGGUCAAGUACCUGCCCUCCUCUCUCGACCCUGGAUUGAUCUCCACCACUGAGAGAAACAGAAAAUGGUGACAGCAUGAUUACUGUUCAUGUAGCAACUUAUACACACUCCUGUCACAAAAUAUCCAACCUUCUGAAAAUACAGGCAAAAAGGCAUGCCAAUGUCCAUCUGUCCCUAGAUAUGAAGAUCUGACUAUGGUGGAACUCUGUGAGUUCAAGGCCAGCCAGGACUAUAUACCAAGACCCUGUCGCAAACAAUAUAGAGACAAACUCAUAUGUUUUUCCACUUGUAAUUGUUUUCAGCUUUCCUAUAAAAGCUUCCGUGUGAUAGCCUCCGAAACAAUACAGAGAAACCCUGUCUCGUAAAAACCAAAAAAAAAAAAAAAAAAAAAAAAAAGCUUCCGUGUGUCAUUAACUAUUGCUUUUUACCAGCAUCAGGCAUAGCCUUGUGGAAUUAAUCAUUAUACCUGAAUCCCAAGAAAUUAACACCUGAGAAUACCUUCCAUCGGCAGCAAGUGCUAGUGAUUCAGCAAGGGAACGUUUUGUGUGCCUUCCUCUGUUUUGUUAAAUUAAUGUUUAGCAUCUGAACCAUUAGAGGCCCUCGACCAUCUUGUUGUGUUCUGCAGACUCAUGUUAUGGUCUGCUGAAAUUGUCCCUUGGCCCGCUGGGGACCUGCUGAAGCAGGGUUGUUUUUGCAUCACAGAAAACAGGACCUAAGGAUGGUCCAGAAUCCUGAUCACAUAAUAAUGGUGGCCAGAUCUACUGGCUGACACCUGUACUCACAGAACUUAGGAGGCAGGAGGAUUACCAUGAGUUCAAGGUUCAGGAUGAGAUCUUUUCUCAAAAGAGUCAAUGGCUGUGGUGGGGAGAGAAAGGAAUCACCGCUACACUCUGGCUUAGGAAGGUUAGUGGCAGGAAGGUGGCAGGGGAGUAGAAUGGGCUGCCAGUGUCACAGAGCAGACCAGUGAACAUAUCCUUGACAUGUAAGGGCUGCAAGACAGACUGAAACACACUGCCUUCAGAAAGGUGACAUUCGGAACAUUAGACCAGCUAUGUGCUAAGUGUGCUACUAAAAUAAAUACAUUCCCUCCCUUCUAACAUGUACUGACUUGUAACUUAGCAGCACGAGAGUGACCUCAUGAAUUGUUUUUCCUCAUUCUGUAGGAGAGGCCUGGAGUUCAUUCAUAUAACAAGUAAAAGAUAGUGGUGCAUUUUAAUUUCCCUUUCUCCUUGUAAGUGUGUAUAAUUUUAAGUGUACAAUGUAUCACUUUAGUAAAAAAUUUCUACUUUGCCUGAA